AUGAGUGGCAUGAUGGACUUCGGAAAGGAGCUUUCCAGCAUCGCGAAGCUGGGAGCCGAGUCUAUCCGCAUCCAGGAGCUUUGGGAUGCCCUCAUUCAGUUGGAAAAAGAAGGCGACCCGGAUUCGAAGAGCGAAGCCUCCACGGCCACAGAUUCGGAGGACAUCUCCGACCUUGAAGGCGUGAGCUCUGACGAGGACGAGUUUCCCGACGAGCAAGUGCAGCUUGAGGACAUCGACCCACGAUCGGAUACGUUGCGGCUGCAGGUAGCAGAGCUGUCGUUGCUCCCUCCGCUCAGCAGUUCGCCACUGAUGGAAGACCUUUCUCUGAGCCUCCACGCGGGCGAGUCCCUGCUUGUCGAAGGCGCCAGCGGCUCUGGGAAAUCCUCGCUCCUGCGAGCCAUCGCAGGCCUCUGGGUCCGUGGGCACGGCACCAUCCGACGGACGCCGCUCGAGAGGUGCUUCUUCGUGCCACAGACGCCUUACAUUUGCCUGGGCUCCUUGCGAGACAACCUCCUGUACCCGCGCCGGGAGGGACAAGAGGAGCCCAGCGAUCAAGCCAUCCUGGAGGUGUUGCAAUCACUGAACAUUGGCCACCUCCCCGAGUCCUUCGGCAUGGAUGAGGAGGUGGACUUGCAGAAGAUCCUCUCAGGGGGCGAGCGGCAACGCCUCAACCUGGCGAGGCUGCUGCUCCAUCCCAACGUGGACCUGGCUAUCCUGGACGAAUCGACUUCCGCCCUAGACGAGGCGAACGAGCGGACGGCGUAUGAGCUUGUGCGGAGGCAUGUCGGCUGCUACGUCUCCGUGGGUCAUCGGCCGGGCCUGGUGGCCUGCCACACACGACGGCUGGAGCUGGUGAAGUCCAAAGGCGGCAUCUGCCACGGAGUGCUGAAGUUGGGAGGGCAGCCCUCCAUGUCCUCAAACGUGGGGCUUUAG